UUGUUAUUACAGUUUGAGGUAAAACAUUUUUUUUUUUUCCCCUAAAGAGAAAAAACAAUUUUCCCGCAAAUUUGACCGUUUUGAAAUUUAAAUUUAAAAAAAUAUUUCCCGCGCGGAAUAUCGAAUCUCGAAUCAUAUCGAUCGCUGUCACUCGUCGUUCUGUCAGUGUCACUUUGUGGUCUGCUUCUGCUCACAAAUGAAAUAUUGAGAAAUACAGAUGUUUUAUUAGUUUUAGAAGAUUGUGACGACGUAAUCCUCUUAAGUUAUUUAUUUUAAAGACGAAAUACAUUUGCGAGUGAAUUGUGUGUAAAUUAAAAUAGUGUAUAUUGAACAGGAUAUUAAAGAUGUGUGGUGGUUUUACUUGCUCGAAAAAUGCAUUAACAGCACUUAACGUUUUAUAUAUUGUGAUUGCUUUCGUUUUGAUUGGAGUCGCCGUUUAUGGAAGAGCAUCAGCUUUGAUAACAGACCUUCCAAUUAUCGGUGGUAUUUUAGCAUGUGGGGUAAUGUUAAUUUUAAUUUCAAUCCUCGGAUUGAUUGGUGCUGUGAAACAUCAUCAAGUACUGCUAUUUUUCUAUAUGCUGAUACUUUUCUUAUUGUUCCUCGUUCAAUUUAGCAUUGCAUGCGCAUGUCUUGCUGUCAAUACAAAACAACAAGAGGAACUUGCCGAACAGGGAUGGAGAAAUGUUGGACCAGAUCUCAAACAAAAAGUUCAGGAAACAUUUAGUUGUUGUGGUUUCAAUGAUACUCUAAGUAGUGUACAUUGUCCCGAGAUCUGCACUCAAAAGGGAUGUCCACCAUGUAUGCAAAAAUUACAAUCAACUAUUGAUUAUGCAUUUAAAUUAUGUGGAAGUAUAGGACUUUUCUUUAGUUUUACUGAGUUUGUUGGUGUUUUGUUGACUGUGCGGUACAGGAACCAAAAAGAUCCUCGAGCUAAUCCUAGUGCAUUUCUCUAGUGCAUUUUUUCGCAUGAUCAUCCUAACAGAUGGUGAUUGCUGCUUUCUUGGCCAGACGAUAUAGAAAUCAAUAUGAUCCAGAAUUAAAAGCUGCCAGAGCUAUUUUCCCACGAGAAGAUUAUUUAUACUGACAGAAACUUCUUUUUUGUUUGAACAAUGGGGUUUGUUUAUAAAUCCAUUGACUUGAAAAAAAAAAACAAAAAUA